CCUAAAACAGCAAAAACCCUCUUUCCCUUUGCGUUCUCCGGCAAAUUGUUAAUCAUCAGUCUCUUCUGCAUUCACUCCGGCAAUGAAGCUCGUCCGGUUUUUGAUGAAGUUGAACAAUGAGACGGUUUCGAUCGAGCUCAAGAACGGAACUGUUGUUCACGGAACAAUCACAGGUGUGGAUAUUAGCAUGAAUACACAUUUGAAGACGGUUAAACUUACCCUAAAAGGGAAGAAUCCAGUGAGCUUAGAUCACCUGAGUGUGAGGGGCAACAACAUCCGCUACUACAUCCUUCCCGACAGCUUAAAUCUCGAGACUCUUCUGGUCGAAGAAACUCCCAGAGUCAAACCAAAGAAACCAACUGCAGGGAGACCGGUGGGACGUGGAAGGGGCCGUGGACGCGGACGUGGUCGUGGGCGAGGCCGUUAAUGUUAAUGUUGUUGAUUGUUGUAGUGAUAUCUGGUUUUGUAAACAGCUGCUGUAUUCGUGGAGAGUUUCUUUGACAACUGACAUUGUUAUGGAUGUGAUCAUUUUGCGGGUUUGUUUUUCCCUUUAUGCCCCUAAAACCAACUCGCUUUUUAUGGUCAAUUACAAGUAUCUUUCAAGGAUAAGUCCCUUUUCU